AUGAGUGACCCGAGUGGAUUAAUGGAGAAAGAAAUGGAAGACGAGGAACAAUACCAACCGGAAAAAUUACAGGAAGAGUGCGCAAUUGAUGAAGAUCGUAGGCCAAUUAAAAGAAAUCGAUCGGAAGAUGAAGAGGGGUGGAUAGAGGCUGGAAAGUUAUCGUUUUCGGCCGUCGUACAAAAACCCCACGUAGAAGUUACAACGCAGCCACCUGAGAAGGACACUCAAUAUAAUACUGCCAAGAAACCACAAACUAAGCCCCACAAACCAAAACAAACCGAAAAACCAGUUGAGUACGAGACGUGGAUAGAAGUUGAUGCGAUGGAUAGCCAAGAAAUUGCUGAGGAAGAUGAAAAAUCAUAA